AUGAUCAUGCUGCGACGUGCCUCUUUGAUCUUCUAUUCCUUGUUCAUUACUACCUACUGGAUGGAUGUAGGAAGUAUGUCCUUCUCCUCCUUCGACCAUCUAGAAAAUUCACCACAAGGUAGAGAUAGCCACACUGUCGACUUGAAAGCUCUAGUUCCGUCGGAAUCGUUGUGCAAUCCAAUGACAGAAACUAUGGAUACUCAAUGUUCAUCGAAUUCAAACUGCCGAUGCAUGCCUUUGUCAGCAAGUGAAUUUGUUGGUAUUUGUGCGAUACCAAGUAUUAGCUGUGCUUUUCUUACUCCCUGCGAACAAGAUCAUGUAACUUGUUCCAAACCUUAUACAGUCUGCGUUCGAAAACAUUCUUGUAAUAAUUUUGACCAACCGGUGUGUUAUCCAUUAAACUUAAUUGAUUCAGACAUAUGUCCACCUUUGUCAAUUGCAGAAAACAGAACAACAAUAUUUACAUCUACGUCAACAACAACAGCAACUACUACCACCACAACUACAAAAGCAACAACUGUAGCAUUGAACUCGUGUAAAUGUUUGGAAUGGAACGCAGUUGGAACAACCGUUGCUCGAGCGAUUCCUGGAGCAGCUCAAACAAAUGUUUAUGUACCAGAUUAUCAUAAUUACAGAAUUCAAAAGUUUAUUCCAGGGGAUUCAACUAUUCAGACAUUAGUUCAAAAUGGAACAUAUCUAACGAAUUAUGUAAAUGGACUUGUUCUUGAUCAUAAAAAACAGAAUUUAUAUUACUGUGAUGUAAGCAAAUCCAGAAUACAAAAAUUCUCCCUCAGUACUGGAAAUAUCACUACAGUGGUGGGUGAAACGGGAACAGGCACUGCUCUGAAUCAGAUUUCUAGUUGCCAGUGUUACUAUGUUGACAGCAAUAACAAUAUUUUUGUAUCGGAUAGUGGCAACCAUCGAGUGUUAAAAUUUGCACCAGGAUCUGCAUACGGAAAAGUGGUUGCUGGAGAUAGUAGUGCUGGAGGAGACUAUCACCGUUUAUCCUAUCCAACUGCCAUAUAUGUUGAUGAAACAACCUCUGGUAUUUAUAUUGUUGAUGCUAUAAAUAAUCGGCUUCAGCGAUGGAUUGACGGAGACUUUUGGACUGGUGGUGAAACACUAGCGACAAAUGCAAUCUUUUAUUCCGCUACAGGCAUCGGCCUUCAAUUAGAUCAAUGCGGAAAUCUAUACGUGUCGAAUAAUUUGAAUCAAACGAUAUUAAAAUAUUCUUUGAGUGAUAUGCAAAAACCAGUCAUUAUUGCUGGUACAGGACAGGCUGGAGGAACAUCUACGCAGUUGCACAAUCCGCAAGGAAUAACCUUUGACAUAGAUUUCAACUUAUAUGUGUCUGAUUAUGAUGAUGGUAAGCUGAACGCAAUUCACGGACGUCAUGUGUACAAAGAUAGUAGCUCAAGAACUUACAUGAAAAGAUCUAAUGCAUUGUACAUAAUGAUGUUUCUAAUUGAAGAAAUCCGAAAAAGUGAUACGAGCUUACUGGAAGCAAUUCGCAAAGUGAUACACCCGUCGGUAGAAUUCCAUCUUAGUAAUUACAGACGCGUGGACUAUACAAACAGUAUUCUGAACACAUACAGCACUGUGAAAGAUGUUCGUUUCGAAGCAAAUCAUAGAAUAAGACUUUCUUAUCUAGUUUCUUUUGGUACUCGAAUGAAUGGAAGAUCAUGA